AUGGACCGGCCACCCGAAAACCUUAGCGAUGGCCAACCGCCGUUUUGGAAACAGCGCAGGAACUUGGUCGCGUUCCUGGCAUUUCUGGGUUUCUUCAACGUCUACACCCUUCGAGUGAACUUGAGCGUCGGAAUCGUAGCCAUGACGUCGUCCUCGGAUUCGAGGACGAGCGAAUUCGACUGGGGCCCAGAACUUCGUGGCGCGAUUUUGAGUUCGUUCUUUUAUGGAUACAUUUCUACGCAACUUAUCGGUGGUCUGCUAGGCGCAAAGAUAGGGGGCGUGAAAUUGAUCGGUUACGGAGUUUUUAGCACAGCGAUCCUAACGAUCCUCACCCCGUUGGCUGCCAGAUAUUCCGUUUAUCUAGUCAUCGUUCUCAGAGUCAUCGAGGGAGUGUUCGAGGGAGUCGUAUAUCCUGGCAUACAUGCCGUGUGGUCAAGAUGGGCGCCGCCCGCGGAACGCACCCGACUGGGAUCGUUUGCAUUUUCCGGCAGUUUUGUGGGCACAGUCAUCGGAUACCCGAUGUGCGGUUGGUUAGCCGAAAAAUACGGUUGGCCAUCUACGUUUUAUGUACCAGGUUGUGUAGCUAUAAUUUGGUGUGUGGUUUGGUUAACGUGUAUCACCGAAUCUCCAGUAGAAGACAAACGCAUUACGAAAGAAGAGCUCAAGUACAUUGUGGAUUCAAUAGGUCCUACGGAUGACACUAAAAUCAGCUUUGUAGACUACCCCUGGAAAGAUAUAUUAACAUCAAUGCCGGUUUGGGCUAUAACAUGCGCCCAUUUUUGUGAAAACUGGGGAUUCUACACGUUACUUACGCAAUUACCAAGCUACAUGAACGAUGUACUAAAGUUUAACAUUGGAAAAGGAAGUUUACUGUCAGCUCUACCAUAUCUCGUCAUGUCCAUUAUUCUCCAGUUUAGUGGGUUCUUUGUGGACUGGCUUCGGAAAAAUGAAAUACUCACUACUACACAAGUGAGAAAGGUUUUCAACUGUGGUGCUUUUGUGAGCCAAACUAUAUUCAUGUAUUUAGCAUCGAAUUCUAGAUCUGAAAUUGGAUCUAUAUUUUGUUUAACAUUGGCAGUGGGUCUUGGAGCAUUUGCUUGGUCCGGAUUCAGCAUUAACCCAUUGGAUAUAGCACCUCAAUACGCCAGUAUUUUGUUGGGAAUCUCCAACACGUUUGCAACUAUACCUGGUAUUGUGAGUCCUAUGUUGGCCGGUGUGAUUGUGCAAAACAAAAGCGCAGAAGAAUGGCAAUGGGUGUUUUUAAUUUCUAGUGGUAUAUAUAUGUUUGGAGCCGUAUUCUAUGGCAUAUUUGCUUCAGGAGAACGACAACCAUGGGCCAAAAUUAAAAUUGAAGAAAAAAACGGCCAUGAUAAUAAAACUUUCGAAAAUGUAGCCUAA